AUGGCGCCGAGAACCAGAGUCAAGGAAGAUGCGCGGCGGGAAGCAGAGCAGGGGAGCGCGGCGGGCGACGCGGACGGACAGGGCUUUUUCGAGGAGCUUGCCAGAGCGCAUUGGUUGAAGCCGAGCAAGAAGACGGCUGCGAAGGUCAAGGUCAAGCCGGAUAUCUUGAAGAAUGACAUAUGGGAUGUACUCGAGAAGGAGGACUUUCCGUUCAAGUCCCUUUUGGCGCUGGAGAACUUGCAGAUACUUGAGAGUUAUCUUUGGCCUGGCUACUCCGAGGAUUCCUCCAACUUUCACGUUCUUCUCAUCGUUUUGAUCACAAAUGUUAGAACCAGAGAGCACUUGCCAACAUGGGAAAUCUUUACAGAAAACCCGUCAGAUUUUUCCCAACUCUUUCGCAGAAUCCUCUCUAUGACACUCGACACCACAUUGUCUGCGACAAUCCGCACCCACCUCCUUUCAUUCAUUAUCAGCUCAUUCCAGUCGCUGGACAGCGGGAUUGUGAGAAAAGAAUGCGCUCCGCUGGUAUCAAUCUCUAUAUGGCACAACAUAUCAACUGAAGCGAAGCGGGAACGAAAGCUUGACCAGACAGUACAGUUGAGGAAGGCUUGGAGAGCCGCGGGAAAGCGUUAUGAUGCAGCAGAUAAUGCGACAAAGGCUCGACUUCGGUUCGAGAGAUCAUGGCUAUUUACGCUUGUACUGGACUUUUUCAACCAGCUAUACAAUGAGAAAAGAAAGCCUGGAAACCUGCGUUACUGCGAACGUUUCAUCGAGUUCAUCUCGGAUUUGCAAAGUCAACUUCCUACCCGUCGAUACGUCAACACACUUCUUCAAGACCUCAACACGAUUACAGUCAUACGAAUGUCCCCCGCCUUUAACGACGAGGAUAAUGGGCUCCUGAGAGAUCUGUAUGGUCUGUUCAAGCAUUACACCCAUUUCUCUAUCGAUGAUCAUACUGGCAUACAGCAUACUCGUGCUGAAGCAUACGAACGUCAUUGCGCGGUACUUGCUACUUUGCAGCGAACAGCUCUCAAGUAUUUCAAGGAGAAAUUGACCAUCCUAGCCUUGUCAAAUUACGGAUCCAUUGACAAGCGUACGGAGCUUGAAGGUCACCUAGCAGCCCUGACAGAUGAAGAGAUUUUCCGCCUCUGUGAUCUGCUCGAACUCCGCACCUCUUAUCCAUCAUCAACCAAAUUUGUAGCAGACCGGAAGCUUCUCACUGAGGUUCUCCUAUCUGGACAUGAGAAGCGGAAGACCUUUCAGGAGACUGCACGUGAUCUCAGUAUACUACCGACAGAAGUAACUCUCUUCGAACCAGCAUUGCUGAGAAAUGACAAUUAUAAUGGCUCACAGCCGUUGGCUAUUCCAAAGAUUCUUGAAGUUGUCCCGCCUCUUGUUGGAGAUGAUAAGCCUUCCGCAGUUCGUGCCGAAAUCUCGCUAGAUGUCAGCCGCCUGGCAGACAACGUCCGCCGGGAGUGGGAGUCACUUCGCCCUGACGAUGUUAUUUUCCUAGUGGCAGUUCAGGCUACUGACAGCUCAAAGAUGGUGACGAACGGGGAUGCUACCUCUUCUGAAUUACAAAAAUUGGGCUUGAAAUAUGUUCGAACCGCUGAAGUUACGCAAGUCUUGGAUGACAAAGGACGAUCGCUGCGAGACCAGAAUGCUCAAAAUGGCCACGGCCGACCUCGACUGCGGAGAUUGCAGGUAAAGCUUGAUGCAGCUAUGUACAAAGCAGAUCAAGAGAGGGUGGCGAGCGGGAAACCGGAUAUUACUGAAAGCAUGAAUCUCGUUGUGCGCCGGAGAGGACGCGAGAACAACUUCAAGCCGAUUUUGGAAUCCAUUCAGAGCCUGACGUUAUCUGACGUGCCUCUGGCUUCUUGGCUUCACGAGGUAUUCCUUGGCUAUGGAGACCCAGCAGGAGCUAAUUAUACCCACCUCGCAAACCAGAUCAAGAAGGUGGACUACCGAGACACUUUCCUUGACUGGCAGCACCUGAUUGAAAGUUUUCCUGGCAAGACCAUAGAGCCGAGCGAGGAUGUCCACGGUAGCUUCGGGCCACCCUACGUUUUGCAGAUGGGUCCAAAAGCCGAGGCGCCUGCUCCGGUCAAAUCGUCAAAGAAGCGUCGCCGAGAUGCUGAGCCCGUACCGCACACACAACCACAGUCCGUCGAAGUCUCUACCUACAAACCUCCGAAUACUGGGCCGUAUCCUAUGGAUGCCCCAAAACUCAACCAAGUAAGAUUUACGCCCAGUCAGGUUGAAGCAAUCGUCUCAGGGACACAGCCAGGACUCACCGUCAUCAUUGGGCCCCCCGGAACUGGGAAGACUGAUGUCGCGACUCAGAUUAUUAAUAACAUAUACCACAACUUUCCUGAGCAACGAACUUUGUUGAUUGCACAUAGUAACCAGGCCUUAAACCAGCUUUUCCAGAAGAUUGUUGCUUUGGAUAUCGACGAGCGGCACUUGCUCCGUCUGGGCCAUGGCGAGGAAGAGCUUGAUACCGAAGCCAAUUUCAGCAAGCAUGGAAGAGUUGAAUCAUUCUUUGAAAACCGGGAUGGAUAUCUUCAGGAGGUGAAUCGGCUUGCUGCAAAUUUUGAUGCUCCGGGGGCCCAUGGUUCAUCCGCUGAAACUGCACUGUACUUCAACUCGGUUUAUGUUCUGCCAGCUUGGACGAGAUUUGAGGAGUCUUCCAAAUCCCCGGACGCCACCUCAAAAUCCAUUGUCGAGGCGUUCCCAUUUCAUUACUACUUCUCCAACGCAGCUCAGCCUCUCUUCCCAGCCGAUGCAGAGAAGGAUGUCAUCCUAGAUAUUGCUAAUGGCUGUUAUCAUCACGUCAAGAAGAUUUUUGAGGAACUGGCAGAUCUUCGUCCCUUCGAAAUUUUGGGCAGAGAUCGCGACAAAGCGAAUUAUCUUCUAACAAACGAAGCUCGUAUCAUUGCGAUGACAUCGACUCAUGCAGCGAUGAGGAGGAGGGAAAUUUCAGGCUUGGGAUUCCAUUACCAUAAUGUGAUUAUGGAAGAAGCUGCUCAGAUCACAGAGAUCGAAAAUUUCUUACCACUGGCUUUGCAAAACCCCAAGAGUGGACAGAUGCCUUUGCAGCGUGUUGUCCUGUGCGGCGACCACUUUCAAAAUUCCCCUGUCAUUCAAAAUCUCGCUUUCCGACAAUAUGCCAACUUGGAACAAUCUCUCUUUUCCCGCCUCGUCCGUCUUGGCGUGCCGACGGUCAACCUAGACCAGCAAGGCCGAGCCCGACCUUCGAUAGCUUCCUUGUACUCAUGGCGGUACCAAAAUCUUGACAACUUGCCUCUUACGUUAUCAUCAACGGAAUUCCAAGUUGCUAACGCUGGCUUCAAGUACGAUUACCAGUUCAUACAAGUACCGGAUUACAAAGGGAAGGGGGAGACAGAACCAACUCCACAUUUCAUACAGAAUUUAGGUGAAGCAGAAUACGCUGUCGCCAUAUAUCAGUACAUGCGUCUCUUGGGCUAUCCCGCAGCCAAGAUCAGCAUUCUCGCUACAUACGCAGGUCAGCGUGCUCUUAUCAAGGAUGUGCUGGCACACCGAUGUGCAAACAAUCCCCUCUUUGGUCUUCCUAAAAUUGUCACCACCAUAGAUGUCAUACUUUCUCUGACCCGUACAUCCCGCGUCGGUUAUUUGCGAGAUGUUCGACGUCUCACAGUGGCGCUUUCUCGUGCACGUCUGGGAUUGUACAUCCUCGGUCGGCGUGAGGUCUUCGAAUCAUGUACUGAGCUCAAGCCGGCCUUUGACAUCCUUUUGAAGAGACAAGAUACGUUGCAGCUUGUCACCGGCGAGCUAUGGCCAAGCCAAAGAAUUCUCAAGGACGAAGAAGGCUCAGAUGUUCCCGGACAGACCGAGAUGGUGAGCGUAGAGCACUUGGGGCAAUAUGUAUUCGACAUGACGAGCGCAAAGGUGGCACAGCUGAGAGCUGAGAGAGGCUUAUCGGAAGCUGAUGGUCCAUUGCUGGCGAUUGAGGCCGGUAGUGAGGUUGUUGGCGAUAUAGAUGAGGAAGAUGGAUAUUUGGAUGAGGGACUUGACGUGGUUCAAGAGGAUGUUGAGGGGGAGACGAGCGAAGGACCUGAAGCUGAUGGCGGUGAUGAUGAAUAA